GCACAAGUCACGUGGAGACCUUCCUGCGGGCGCACAGGGGGCCGGGCGUGCAGCACAUCGGCCUCCACACGCCCACGAUGGCGGCCACGGUGGCGCUCAUGGCGGGGAGGGGCGUGGUGUUCAGGAAGCCGCCUCCAGUCUACUAUGAGGAGGGAGUGAAGCUAAAUGAGAUCGAAGAAGCUGGACAUGGAAGUGAACUGUCGAUGUUCAGAGACUUAGGUAUUCUACUAGACACGGAAGCAGACAUCUUUUCAGAAAUGGAGGAACAGGAGGGAAAGAAAAGGUAUCUAAUGCAAGUCUUCACUGGGCCAAUCUUCAAGCAAGACACCUUUUUCUUGGAGGUUAUACAGCGGUGUGGAGCUCGAGGAUUUGGUGCAGGGAACAUCACUGCUCUUGCCAAGUCGAUCAUUUUAUACAAUGAGCAGCAACAGAAAUUAAAAGCAUAAGAAAUUAGACUUUAUUCUAUAAGAUAGAAUGAAAAACAGACAAAUAUUAUUGUGAUAAUUUGUUGUCCCUAUGAUUUUCUUUUAUUUUUAGAAUGGAUUAUCAAAUGUUGCUUCUGCUACUUGUCAUUUAUGUGUAAUUUUCUUCAUUUACUGUCAGUGAGACAUAUUUGUAAUGUAUAUUUUUGGAAUCAUUUUAUAUUUCCAUCUUAAUGUAAAUAGUUACUUUAGUCUAAAAAAAUCAAAAGGAGAGGAUAAUACUACAAGUAAAAUAAAAGUUAUAAUAUU